GAUGGACGCGUAUUUGUAUGAAACCACAUAAUGCCGUGCGCAUAUGCACGUGUUAAUUUUAUUUAUUAAUCGCGUUCCUUUAAACAUUGCAUUACACAAGACACAAAUAUUAGCAGUGCUUUUGACAAGUCAUAGAUGGUUUAUUAUGAUUGUAUAUUUAUUGUAUGUCAUUUAAAAUAUAUGUAUUGCCGGCUCUUCCAUCUCUUGUAAGGUUAUUUGAUGUAACGUGCAAAGAAAAGAGAGAUAAUUGGAAUCACGUUUAUCACAUAAAUCAGUUGUAUUUUAGAGAAGCAAAUAUAUAUUUAAUUAUAUAUUGCAAUGACAAGUCAACGAUCGGUCUCUUGUGGAUUGGAUUUCUCCUGUGCUGCAAAUCUAAACGAAUGUCUAGUUUACGCACAUGACUCAAAAUAUGAUUUUAUAUGCGUUCCUUUGGUUCAUCCUUUAUUCAAGAGAGAAUUUAUUUCUGGCGCUGCCACAAAUCGUCUAGGACCAUUUACCAGACCUGAUUUAAUCUUAUCUAGUUCAGAUUGGAAUAAUUUAAUAAUUGCUAAAUUUUCACCAUUUAUCAAUGUGGAUUCGACUAAUCCAAUUAUUAGGAGAAAUAGCGAAGAAACUUUAAAUCAAGAAUUAUCCUUAGCUAGCCAUUUUGGUUUAUCAGGAGUAACUUUGCAGUUAAAACAUGGGAUAAAUAAGAAUGUGAAUCUUGCCAGAAUUAUUUCUGAUAAAAUAUCCAAUAAUAACAGUAAUUUUCAGGUUUGGGUACAAGUUCCUAUGGAAAAUCCAAUUAGACAAACUUAUUCUUAUCGAACAGAGGAUUGUCUAGUGGAUGAGAAUCCAUGGGAAUGGUGGAAUGCAUUUAGAACAAUAUGUGACUACAAUAAAAGAUUAGGAAUUGCGUUAAUUGUUAGUCAUGAUGUACCUGAAAUGGAAGAGAUAGAUAAAUGGCUUGGAGAACCAGUGAGAUGCUUGAUUUUACCGACAACGAUAUUUCUAACAAAUAAAAAAGGGUAUCCAGUAUUAAGUAAAGCACAUCAAGCAAUAGUGAAAAAAUUUGUUGCAUUAGAAGUACAAUUCAUUUUGACGGGCGCAACGCGUUAUCAAAGUAUUAGCUAUUACCACAACUAUCUUGACUAUUUAUGGAAGGGAUGCCAGAAUGAUGGAACAAUAGAAAAAUUCGCUCGAGGAUAUGAAGAUUAUUUGCAAUGUCCGCUACAACCUCUAAUGGAUAAUCUCGAAUCACAAACUUAUGAAAUAUUUGAAAAGGAUCCUGUAAAAUAUCGAGAAUAUCAGAGUGCUACGUAUGAAGCUAUUAAAGCAUUUAUAUCCAAAAAAGAAAAAAGAAAAAUAAUUAUUAUGGUAGUUGGUGCUGGAAGAGGACCUCUUGUAACUGCAUCUAUAAAUGCUGCGGAAAUGGCCAAUCAAGAAGUGAAAAUUUAUGCCGUAGAAAAAAAUCCCAAUGCUGUGAUAACAUUACAGGCUCUUCAGAGAGAUAUAUGGAAAGAUAAAGUUACAGUAGUAUCAUGCGACAUGAGAGACUGGAAUCCUCCAGAAAAAGCUGAUAUUAUCGUUUCUGAAUUACUCGGAUCCUUUGGCGAUAAUGAACUAUCCCCAGAAUGUUUGGAUAAUGUCAUGAAAUUCUUACAAGAUGAUGGAAUCAACAUACCACAAUCGUACACUUCAUAUAUUGCUCCCAUACAUUCUUCUAAACUAUACAAUGAAGUAAGACAACUUAGAGACAAAGAUAAACAUCCAUUAGCUCAUUUUGAAACUCCAUAUGUAGUACAUUUUCAAAAUAAAUACGACAUAGCAAAUCCAAAACCGCUUUUUACAUUUAAACAUCCAAAUACAGAUAGUGUUACUGAUAAUUCGAGGUAUGAAACAAAAACUUUUCAAGUGGAACAGAACUGCGUGUUACAUGGAUUUUCAGGAUACUUUACAGCAAUUCUAUUUGAAAAUAUCACAUUGAGCAUAGAACCUAGCACAUAUAGUACAGAUAUGUUUAGUUGGUUCCCAAUUUUCUUUCCAAUCAAGGAACCAAUACAAUUGAAGGCAGGAGACGAAAUAGUGGUUCAUUUUUGGCGCAGAUGUGAUUCUAAAAAGGUGUGGUAUGAGUGGUGUCUUAGCAAGCCUAUUCCAAUUUCAAUUCACAAUUCAACUGGUCGUUCCUCCACUAUUGGAUUAUAAUGUAAUAAUUUUUUUAUUUGCUUAAGAAUUUCUCGUCAACAUGCGCUGACAUAGUUAAGUUUAUUAAAUCUCGAUUGUGUAACUACAUUUUUGUAGAAUUGAACAAUUUAUACAAUAAUUGUACAAUUAAGUAUUUCCAUCAAAUCUAGACAACAUUAUACAUGUCGAUAUUUUUUGUAUUAGUUUAAUUUAUGACUAGUAAGAUUGUCUAUUAUUUUAUUAAUAUCAUGACAAGAAUGCAGUUUGAUGAUAGCAUUAGAUAUAAAAUUAAUAUGAAU